UUUCAACACACGAAUGUGUCAUUUCCUUUCUUCAUAGACCAGAUGCUGAAAUACUAUGAGAUAAAGAUUUUGAGUUUCAAUUGUAAAGAGAGGGAAGUGGACAAAUCAGAGCUGCCUUCUUCACAAUCGAAGAAGUAUGGAGCAGCUGGAUAGCUUUCCUGAUCAACAGGAGGACACUGAUAGCUAUUCAGAAUCUGUGAAAUUUGAUGCUCGCUCAAUGACAGCGCUGCUUCUUCCCAAUCCUAAAAAUGGCCCUGCCCUUCAAGAGAAACUGAAGUCCUUCAAAGCUGCACUAAUUGCCCUUUAUCUCCUUGUGUUUGCAGUUCUCAUACCUAUCAUUGGAAUAGUGGCAGCUCAACUCCUGAAGUGGGAAAUGAAGAAUUGCACAGUUGGUUCAAUUAAUGCAAAUGAUAUAUCUCAAAGUCUGGGACAAAGAAAUACCAGUGAAGAUAAAAUGAAAUUUCAAGAAUUUAUAAUGGAAAGCAUGGUCAACAUGGAGAAGAGAAUCCAAUAUAUUUCAGAUUCAGAAGCCAAUCUCAUAGAUUCAGAACACUUCCAGAAUUUCAGUGUGACAACUGAUCAAAGGUUUAAUGAUGCUCUUCUCCAACUAAGUAACUUUGCUUCCUCAGUCCGGGAAUAUGAGAAUGCAAUAGGUCAAAUCUCCAAGUCCUUAAUAAAUCUGAAUAGCACCUUGCUUGAUUUGCAGCUCAAUAUAGAAACUUUGAAGGGCAAAGUUCAAGAGACUACUUUGAAACAACAAGAGGAAAUCAAUAAAUUAGAAGAGCGGAUACACAAUACAUCAGCAGAAAUUAAGUCUCUAAAAGAAGAACAAGUUCAUGUGCAACAGGAAAUAAAAAGAGAAGUGAAAGUAUUGAAUAACAUCACUAAUGAUCUCAGACUGAAAGAUUGGGAACAUUCUCAGACAUUGAGAAAUAUCACUUUAAUUCAAGGUCCCCCUGGACCUCCGGGUGAAAAAGGAGACAGAGGUCCAAUUGGAGAAAGCGGUCUGCAGGGCAUACAAGGUCCAAUAGGUCCUCCAGGUCUGAAAGGCGAUCGGGGGACAACUGGCUUUCCCGGGCCAAGAGGACUUCCAGGAUUUGCAGGAAAGAUGGGGAGGACAGGAAAUCCUGGACAAAAAGGACAAAAGGGAGAAAAGGGAACCGGAAGCACACUCACUCUGUCUAAGACAAUUCGAUUGGUGGGCGGUAGCGGACCUCACCAGGGCAGGGUCGAGAUCUUCCACAACGGUCAGUGGGGCACAGUUUGUGACGAUCACUGGAAAAUAAGUAUUGGACAAGUCAUCUGUAGGAGUUUGGGAUACCGAGGCAUUCAAAGCGUGCACAAGGAAGCUUAUUUUGGACGAGGUACUGGUCCAAUAUGGCUGAAUGAAGUAACUUGUUUGGGGACAGAGUCAUCUAUUGAAGAUUGUAGUAUCAGGCAAUGGGGUGUGAGAGCCUGUUCACACUCUGAAGAUGCUGGAGUCACUUGUGCUUUAUAAUGUAUUUCCAUUCACAUUUAUGAAAUCAUUGUUGUAAAAUGAGUAUUAUCCUUUUCCACUAAAAUCAGCUUAAUGAAAAUUUAAGGGAUUAAGAAUAUCAUCCAAAGACCAGUAACACUUUUAUAUAAUUGGAUAAGCAAUGAAUACCUUUAUACUUAUUCUAUAUUUAAAACAUUUUAACUUCUCUAGGUUUUUAAGUUGAAUUUUCUAAUGCAAUGACAUGUUAAAUUGAAUACCUUGACUUUUAAGUCUCCUAGAUCACAAACAUCAAUGAUAGUUGAAACACAUAACAAUCAUUGGCUCUAAUUUUUGAUAUCUUCACUACAAGAUUUUAUUUUGUCAUUUUCAUCUUCAUUGUAACAUAUUUAGUUGAUUUUCAUUACUUGCUGAAUAAAUGUGCCCAGCUGGCAAAAUCUCCAUUAUAUACAUUUUUUAAAGGCAGAAUCUUAUCUACGAGUGUGUAAUAAUUUGAGUGUUAGAUAGCAUUGCUAAUGAUGUUUUGACUAUGAUGGGCCAGGGAACUUAUUUUCAUGGCCAUGUGCUGACUGUUGUUAGCUAUAAACUUAGUCGAAAGCAGGGUACCUAUCACUGCAUGUGUGCAGGCAACUGGUGGGUCAAAAAUGUCACUUGUCUGUUCAACUUUUUAUGAAUUUUUGGUUAAGUUGAAUGACUAACGUUAUAAUUCUAGGACACUGCGCUUAAAAUGUAUGUGUGAUUAUUCUAGUUUAACUCAUAGAUUGCAAAUGCCUUGAGUGUAGAAGACAGAGAAGUUUCAACUACCUGUCCUUGGAAUCUUUCAUGAAGUCAGUCAACAUUUAUAACCAUAGAAAAAGAGACUGAGAGGGGCAGGCAUCUUCAGGCCUAAAGGGCCAGUAGCCCUGGGCAUGCUCCUAAGAAGUCCCUCAGAAAUAGUCAUCUCAUCUCAUCUUGAGAGCCAUAUCUUAGAAUAGAAAAGCCACCUUUUAAAGUAGCUGUCUACAUGUAGGAAGAAAGACCAAUGGUUGUUAUUGAAAUUCAACUGAGUCUAAUUUCAUUCCUAAAAGAAACUUAAUUUUCAACUAUCCUAUGUUCAACUCAUAUGAAUAUGUGAUUAUAUAAUAUUUUUUUUUAGAGAAUUGCUCUACUCUUCUUUCUUUGUUGUAAUAAGCAAAAGUACAGAUGUAAGCAUUUUUAACCGCUCGAGACUCAGUACCCAAUCACCUUUCUAAGAGACAAAAAUGUUAUUCUGGAAUUGCAACUAUUGGAAAUAACCUACAGAAAAUGCACUUUAUCUUGCUGUAUUCUUUCACUUGUUGACUACUGGCAGUUUUCUCUAUCAGUGUAAUUUUGUAGUGAACAAAAGGGAUUCUGAAUCUAGACUGUGUCAAACUUACCACAUUUUCCUAGUUACAAAUUCUCUGUGAUCGGUUCCACUGUCUCUGGAUUUUAUUCACAAGGUAAAUAAGUGGGUUUUAAAAAGAACCUUUGCAUCCAGCCUGCAUGGCAUGUCUGAGAUUAGUGCCUGUGGUCUGUGAAUAUUAUAUUUCUAUAGGAUAUAAGGAUACUGAUUUCCCACUUACAUAUAGCUAGUUGUAUUUUUAUUAAGCAAUCCAAAAAUUAUUUUUCGGUCAUUGAGAUAACCUACUAAGCUCAGUCAAGUCUAGAAAAGAACUUAAUAAUGCCAAUGUAAUUUGAGGACUUAAUAAUUAUUUUGAAACAGUGAAUUGUGUUAACUCCUUCAAGAAGCCUACAUUUGUGAUUUAGUUUUAAUUUUUAGAAAAGGAACCAACUGACCAGAAGCAUUUGUCUCAUCAUCUAGCAUCAAAAUAAACAUAAAGUUUUUAUUUAAAAAUAAAGGAAGGGAGGCAGGAAGGAAGGAAAACGAAGAGGAGGAGAGGAAGGAGAAAAGGGACAUAGAAAAGAAUAACAGUUGACAUUUAAAGACUAAACAUAUUUCACUUCAAUUAUCUGAAUAGUUUCAAGUCAAAACCUUCAAUUUUUCCAAACUUACAAACCAUGGCAAAAUAUUAUUCUCAGAUAAAGUGUUGAAUUGAGGCACAUGCCUAUUACAAAUCAUAUAGUGAUAUUUGCUUAUUAAGGGGAAAAUAGAAUUUUAGAGCCUUAAUGAUAAUGUAUUUGUGUUCAGGGUGGCAGUAACAUUUAUGCCAAAACCAACCACAGUCUAAUAAUGCAAACUUCUCGUCAUUGGCUUACAGUGACAGCCUAAUCAAACCUCAGUGGCAAAUGUGUAAACAUUUUUUUUAAUUUCUACUAUACAAUACUAUAUAAAAAUACAAUGAGUGAAUCAGAUAUCAAUAUGUGAAUUUUAUAAAAUAGAAUAAACAAGUUCUAAAAUGAUAUAGAUGGCAUAAUUAUAUUUAUGUUAAUAUUUAAUUAUCAAACACAAUUUCUUUAUGGAUUCAAAUAGGUGGAGUAAAUACACAUUAACAGUACCAUAACCUGAGCCUAGUGGUUAUCUCUGUGGUAUAGGGAGGACUGGGAUGGGCAAAGAGGGCUUUAGACAAAUUUGUAAAUAUAGGCAGAUAUGAAUAUAACUAUAAAUGUACUUUUCUGCCCAUGUGCAUAUUUGCAAACACGAGAAAACAAUAAUAUCUCAGAGUGCCUGCUCCAUUAUUUUCUGUAUAUUUAAAAAUUUUAAUCACUAAAACUAUGAGAGACUUUUACAUAUGCUAUGACAUUAAAAAUAGAGCAAACUCAGUUGCUUGAAAUAGAGUAGAAAGACGCUUGCUUCUAUAUGCACUCAAACUGAAUCACAAAGAUUUUUACCUUUCAAGAAAACAAUAAGAUUUCUCUUUCCUGAAUGCUUCUUGAGGCAGUCUGAGUGGUAUUCGUCACCCAAUGAAAAAGUCUAAAGCUUCCAGAAAACAUGUAAGAUUCUGGGUCAGGAGAGGGCUGUUCAUGCUGCAGCAUCUUGAGAAGUACAAGAUCUCAGAGAACAUCCCCCACACACUUCAUUUUUUUUUCAUGGUUUUUUUAUCUGUUAAGAAUAUCAACAAGGGGCUGGGAUUGUGGUUUAGUGGUAGAGCGCUUGCCUAGCAUGUGUGAGGCACUGGGUUUGAUUCUCAGCACCACGUACAAAUGAAUAAAUAAAGAUUCAUCAGCAACUAAUAAAAAUAUUAAAAAACAAAAAAGAAUAUCAACAAGUCUGGAAGCAGAGACUUUUUCACCAGAAGAAGGUCCACUAAGUUCUGGGAUUUAUAAUAGGAACUCUGGAUUUCCAGUAAGAAAUGUGUAUUAUUUAUACAAUGAAAUUCAUUUCUAAUUUGAAAAA